AUGUCCAACUCACAGGAAUCUACCUGGUCCAACCAGGAGGGCCUCUUCUCAGGGGAAAGCCAAUCACAUAUCCCCCCCUUUCGCUGCGGACACCUCCGAGCCCAAGCUCCAGAAGGUCUAGACAAUGUCCUACCAGUCAUCGACCCCCAAAACUCUUUUCGAUUCAACAAGAGACCGACAACCGAUUACGUGCUGGUUGCCCUCGACUUUGAACACCUCUGCAAGACAAAGAUUGGCCGCUACGCCGACGGAACUCGAUACAGCUACAACCCCCUCACCGAAGCUGGUGUUGCAUACCUCGACAUGAGAAACGUCCUGUACAAGAAGGGACGCUGGACUAUGCCCGGUGACCGUGGACACUCUUGGUUCAAGCUCAUGACGCCUCUUCACUAUAUCGUCGAGGAGUACAAAAGCCACUGGGGCCAUCUCUGCAAGUCUGACUGGCUGCACGUCGAGCCUUACAUGUUUGCCUUUGGCAAGUCCAAGAUUGUCAAGGAGAGCGAGCUCGGGUACAGGCUCUACCGCCUGUUCAUGGGACUUCGAAAGAUGAACCGUCGAAGGGAUGAGAUUCGACACAAUCGACUUCGUGAGAUCAUCUUUCUCACUUUUGACUCGAGUCCUGUUGAGAAUACCCUUAGUCGACUGGGGCUGGGAUGGCUCGCGGAGCCAAACAUCAAGAUUUGGGAUGUUCAGAGGGAUAUGCAACUUGAGCUGCGCUUCAACUGGCCCAAGAUGCGAUUCGAGUACGUCAUGGAGAGUCUAGGUCUCCGGUUCGAAGACAAUCGAUUCGGAAACCUGUCCCACUGCGCGGGAAACGCGGCCGUUUUCACGAUUCAGAUCUUUCUUGCUCUUUUCUACAAGGAUGAGGAGCAGAGCGUUGCGUUUGCGGCGCGUGAGCCCAUGUCAUGGCUGCGGUUCACUUGGGUUGGGCAUGCUCUCGAUCAGACCAACAUUGCUCCUGGGGAUACGCCCAAACGUCGGGAGGAGAGUCAGAUGAAUCGACAUGAUGUGCCUCAGAGGAGGGAUGAGAAUGCGUUUCACUGA